AUGUAUUAUUCUACUUCAGCCUCUCAAGUUGAAAUGGCCACAUCCAGCCUAGCAAUCACAGCUACUAUGACGACACAAGUCACUAGUACACCUACUGCUACUGCUACUGCUUCUACGCCUACAACCCCGACAGCAACCGGAUGGAAUCCUUGGUCUGCUUGGAUUUUCGAUGCUUGUAGUGUUCCUUGCGGCAAUGGUACUAAUAUGGGUUAUAGAGUUAGAUGUCCAAUAGGUAUCAACAUAGGUGAAUUAGGUACUGUUAUACCAGUAACAGAUAACCCUAAAUGUGAAAGUGAAAUACGAAAAAAUUCGUUCUGUAUUGGAAAAGCAUGCCCAACAGCACCUGCUUUAUGCAAUACUGGCUAUAAGAUAGAUCAAGACCUUUCUGGAUUAAAUUAUUACAUAGAAAGGAAAUUGAUAUACGAGUAUUUUAAUGUUUAUAUGAUGUUAUUCAUGAAACAAGAAUUAAUAUUUUCGGAAUUGGUCAUGUCAUGA